AUGGAUCCGUCUGAAGUUACAGUCCCUCCUCUUAAGAACCUCACAAUCGACAACAUCACAGACAACGUCAAGCUCAUCAACUCGCAAUGUCCCAAUCCCCGCAUGAAGUACAUCUUGGAGAGGAUCGUGCAACAUCUACAUGACUUUGCGCGGGAGACACGACUUAGCCAUGACGAGUGGAUGACCGGUCUUCUCUUCCUCACAUCAGUCGGCCAGAUAUGCACAGAUGUCAGACAAGAAUUCAUCCUCCUCUCAGACAUUCUCGGCCUCUCCCUCCUCGUCGACAGCAUAGACCACCCCAAGCCCCCCCAAAGCACAGAAGGCACAGUCCUCGGCCCCUUCCACUCCCACGAAGCCGAAGUAGCACCCAACGGCAGCAUAAUCGCCCACGACCCCGACGGCGAACCCUGCCUCGUCCUCUGCGACAUCAAAGACACAGACGGCAAACCGAUCUCGGACGUGAAGAUCGACAUCUGGGAGACGGACAGCAAGGGCUUCUACGAUGUGCAGUAUGCGGGACGAGAGGGCCCGGAUCAGAGAGCUGUGAUGCACAGUGAUAAAGAGGGUGUAUUUUGGUUCAAGGCGAUUGUGCCGGUGCCGUAUCCGAUCCCGCAUGAUGGACCGGUUGGGAAGUUGCUUGUACAGUUGAAGAGGCAUUGUUACCGGCCGAGUCAUAUGCACUUUAUGUUUGAGAAGAAGGGCUAUGAUCAUUUGAUCACAGCGCUCUACCUUCGCGGCGACCCAUACGAAACGUCUGAUGCCGUUUUUGGUGUCAAGGACUCGUUGCUGAUUGAUUUGGGUACCGUCGAUGCCGAGCAAGCGAAGAAGUAUGAUGUCAAGGAGGGUAGCAAGCUAAUCACGUACAAAUUUGUGUUAGUGACGGAGGACGAAUCGAGUAAGCUGAGGGAGAAGAAUGCCAUGGCAGCUAUGGAGGCACAAGGCCGUAAGAUGAAGUUCUGGAAUGGACUGCCGAUACCUGAGCAGGACUAA